UUAACCCAUUAUUGGUUUAUAAUGAGUUAACAUAUUAUUUUCAGUUGGGCUGGAGAGCAAGUUUUUGAGGUCAAAAAUGUCAACUUGAUAGGAGAUAAAUAUACUAUCAACUUGCAAGUGCAGGAAUGCAGCUGUAGAAAAUGGAUGUUGACUGGGUUGCCCUGCUGCCAUGCUAUAUCAUGUAUGAGGUAUAUGAAUUUGGAUCCAAAGGUUUUUGUGCCAGAAUAUUACAAGAGGGCAACAUAUGAAGUUGUAUAUCAAUCAAUGAUAUAUCCAUUAAAUGGUCAGCAACUCUGGACCAAGACAUGGUGCCCUAAUGUUCUUCCACCACCAUGUAAGAAAAUGCCAGGACGCCCUAAGAAAAGAAGGAAUUUGGAGCCAUGGGAACUGAAGAAGGAUGACACUGAAUUGACAAGGAGGGGAUGUAGGAGAAAGUGCAGUAGGUGCAAGAGUUUUGGCCAUAACAAAUCAACCUGUAAGGAAAACCCAAUUCACACACAUCACCCCACCCAACCAUCUGAGCCCACCCAGGUAUCUCACCCCACCCAACCAUCUGAGCCCACCCAUGUAUCUGAACCCACCCAGGUAUCUCACCCCACCCAUACAAAUGAGCCCACCCAGGUAUCUCAACCCACACAACCAUCUCAGCCCAUCGAGGUAUCUCAACCCACACAACCAUCUCAGCCCACCCAGGUAUCUCAACCCACACAAGCAUCUGAGGCGGCCCAACCCAGGGAGAAGUUGAAGCCUAGGAAAGCACGACCACACUGGAAACCAUGACAAAGUUGAAGAUUGUUGCUUGUUGGUUUUAGUGUUUAGGGUUUAAAAUUUUUUGUGUUUAGACUGUAUUGGUGACUUAUGAUGUAGCAGACUUUUGAGAUUAUGUUUUGCAUCACAAUAUUAAUUGGUCAUCAUAUGACAAUACUUAAUGUAGGAGACUAUUAUUAUUGUGAUUUACAACAUUUGGCUACUUAUAUUUCAACAAAUGAAAUACGCUAUUAUUA